AAGUGUCAAUUUGAGGGCCCGAAGCAGAGGGUGGCGGCCGAGCGCUCGCGGAGUCCGCGGGAGUCCGGGCAGUGGGGCCGCCGGGCGCGCGGGCCGGGCGGCGAGCGGAGCCGGCCGAAGUAGGCCGGGCAGCGGCCGCCGCCGUCCCGGAGCGCGCGGGCGGGCGCAGGCGGGCCGGAGGAUGGAGCUGAACUCCCUGCUGAUCCUGCUGGAGGCGGCCGAGUACCUGGAGCGCAGGGACAGAGAGGCCGAGCAUGGAUACGCCUCGGUGCUGCCCUUCGAUGGCGACUUCGCCAGGAAGAAAACAAAGACGGCCGGCCUGGUGCGCAAGGCCCCGAACAACAGGUCUUCACACAACGAACUAGAAAAGCACAGACGGGCCAAGCUCAGGCUGUACCUGGAGCAGCUGAAGCAGCUGGUGCCCCUGGGCCCCGACAGCACCCGCCACACCACGCUGAGCCUCCUUAAGCGCGCCAAGACGCACAUCAAGAAACUGGAGGAGCAGGACCGCCGGGCGCUGAGCAUCAAGGAGCAGCUGCAGCGGGAGCACCGCUUCCUGAAGCGGCGGCUGGAGCAGCUGUCCGUGCAGAGCCUGGAGCGUGUGCGCACGGACAGCACCGGCUCCGCUGUCUCCACCGACGACUCGGAGCAAGAAGUGGAUGUAGAGGGCAUGGAGUUUGGCCCCGGCGAGCUGGACAGUGUUGGCAGCAACAGUGACGUGGAUGACCACUACAGCCUGCAGAGUGGCGGCUACGGGCCCCCCUGCCGGCGGCCCGCCCGCCCCGCCCUCUCGUAGGCCCGGCACCCUCUGCUCCCAGCCCGCCCGCCACCCAGCCAAGCGCACCAGCCCUCCAGCCCUCUCCAGCCUCUCCUCGGGCCCACUGCCGUGCCAUUCUGGAAGCUCCAGCGGCCGCCCGGGCUGCCCACCUCCACCCGCCUGCCGGUCAGGGCCCACCUCGCCGCCCGCCACUCCCAGCUGGUCAGGGACCCCCGCAGGGAGGCGGGCCCAGCUCCCGAGUCCCGGAGCCCAGCCUAGCCGCCCGUGGUCUGUCCUCAGAUCCCUAAUCAUUCCAGAAGUAUUAAAUGUCAUUGCUGCAAACCUCGGCGGGCACCGUGUGAGGGGCUUAGUGGCCGCCGUGGGGAGCUCAGACCCCACCCCGGACACCAGGAGAAAGAAGUGGACUGAGGAAGGAAGGAAGGAAGGUGUGGCUCUCCGUCCGUCCGUCUGUCCAUCUGUCUGUUGGUUCACGUAGGCUCCUGAGGCAUGGACAGAGAGAUCCAGGAAGGGCGGGACUCGGGUGAGCACCCUGGGGCAGGAGGGGGGGCGGGUCUUUGCCGCCUGAGGGGGUCAGGAGCCAGGGCCAGGCUCCCGGGGCAGGCCAGGCCACCCCACACCCAGCUGGACAGCUUCUGCUUUGUUAGGCCCCUCAGGUGUACACGCGCACGCACCUAGACACAACCGCCCGCCUGCACACACGCGCACAGUCACAUGCGGUAACCCAGCCCAGAGGGGUCCUGGGGUGGCUCGUCUUCUGGGGUCACCCGAGCGGACGCUGGCCCCCGGCCCGUGCCUGGCUCCCUUCCCACCCCCAUGCACCCGCCCAGUCUGCGUGGGAAGGGGUUUCACCUCCCAGCAGAGGCCGAGGUGUAUGCUAGAGGCCCGCGAACUGGAGCCACUGGGUCCUCAGGGGGCUUUCUGGUUUCCCAUUUCUGUUAAAAAAGCAAAAAACAAACAACCCUGCGGCUGCACGGCAGAGCAGGGCUCCCAACAGGGGAGCUUUCCCAAAAGACACAGAGCGCGUUUUUAAACAGGGGAGCCGGCUCUCGGGUCUACGGUGAGCGCCGCCUCCCUUCCCCGUACGAGAUUUUUGUACUCUAUUUUCCUAGUCCUCCUUGCGUCCCGUUUGCUGAGGGGUGGGAGGGACCCAGCAUCUCAGGGACUCGCCUGCCUGCCACCAUCAUCCAAGUGUGCCUUGUGUUCUCUGUCUGGCCCCACCCCGACCACCACCAGCAGCAUCUCCCCUGUGGCUAGGAGGACCCCCCACCCCAGCCUGCCCAGCAGGUGUCCUCCCGGCCCCUCCCCUUGGAGUGGCCCCUCCUGCAGCCGCACCUUCUGGGCAGUGAGACUGCAGGGCCAGGUCAGAGGCUGCUUUCUGUCACCUGGCAGGAGGAGCCAUGACCAUGCCCCCAGGGUCACCUGCCCCCGCGGCUGGCAGGGACCCACUGUGCAGCCAGGCCUCUAGGUCAGGGGUCUGCUAACCUGAACCCAGCAGGACCCCUCCCUGCUCCCCUGCCUGGGCCGAGGGUUCCGGACUUCAGACGGUGGCAGCUAACGGAGCAACGUUCACGCUGGGUGGCCAGGCCUGAACGCAAGGCUGCUCCUGGCCUUUCGUCCUGAAGUCCUUGUCCCCAGGGGCCACCCAGCCGCAUGCAGGUGGUGGGCGGCGGGCCGGCCCACAGCAGUGUCGGCCUCUCUCUCGGGUGCACUGUAACCGAUUUCCAGAUCGUGUCUGUCUUCGGUCUCGCCAACAGAUGGGCGCCCCAGGGUGGGUGGCCUCGCGGAGGCAGAGGGGUCCCUGGAGACGGCUCUGGCACAGAACCUGCCCCGAGGGCCGGGGCGAAUGGGUGAAAAGCAGGCCUGGAGGGUCGGGGCUGUUGGUGCCUCCUUCCAGCGGCACUGGGGUCUCGGGGGGCCCUGGGGGGCUUCUCCCAUCUGCCCGAGCGUGUCCACUCUCACUCCGCAUUCCCUUCGAGCCCCCAUGUCCUCGGGGCGGGGGAGCGUACCUGCAGUUACGAGCCUGCCCCAGGACACAGCAGGCAGGCCCCGGGGUGGCGUGUGUUCUGACUCUGAAAGCACCAGCUCACCGCCCCACCCCUAAUGCCUGGGAAGGUUCUGCCCCCACCUCUGGCCCCGGCACCCUCCCCAUGACCAGCUGUGGCCCUCGGCCCACCGUACUGGCAGCUCUGCCCAUGGCUUUUCAGGCUGUGGUUCCCGCAUGGGCCAGGGCAUUUGGCCUCACAGGCCACCCAGGGGUGCUGCGGUCCCAGCUGCUGCUCCUUGCACCGCAGGCGUGAGGAGGCGGUCCUUGGGACCAGGGUCAGGUGCUAGGAGGUGCACACCUGUUGCCUCUCCGCUGCCUCCCUACUGUUUGCACCGGUUGGCUCUUGUUGGUAGCCAAGGGGACCCAGAGAGGGCCCUGCUGAGGCCACGUGGAAGGUUAAGAGCACACCUCAGCAUUGUCGGGUCUGUAGAACGCAAACGGGACCAGAACAGAGCCACUGGGGAUGCCACCCUGUCUCUCUGUGUGCCCUCCCGUGCCUGGGCAGGCCCCUGUCGUCCGUGGUGGCUGAGACCCUGGAACCCUGGGCUCAGGUUUGCUCCCCACCCUCGUUGGGUGGUGGCCCCCACACGCCUGGCCUGCACACUGGUGGAGGCCCAGCUGGCCAGCACGGCUGCAGGAAGGCUCUCCCUACUCAGAGCCUUGGGCCCACCCCUGCAGGGUGCGUCUCAGAGGCUCGGUGCCCACGCCUGCUUUCCUGGGCGGCUGGCGCCCUGUGCCCGACUGUGGCCCUGCGGGCCCUCCUCCUGCCUUCCCUAGACAAUCCCCAUCUGCUGGGCCAGGCAGCCUGCCCCCACUCCCCACCCCUGCUUCUCCCUGGGCCAGCCUACCCGGGCCCCCUCCCCACCACUCUGCACACAGGACUCUGACCUGGGCCAUGUCCAGGGCCCUGGGGCAGGUUCCGUGCCAGAGUCUGGGGCUGCCCAGAAGGCCUGGUGCUGGCCAGGUGGGCACAUAACAAGAUCCUCGCUGGAGAGACACAGGUCACUCACCCACCUGCUCGUCGGGAGGGACUGUGCUGUACCGUUCUGUCUUUGUAAUAUAAAUACAGAUUUUUAUACCUCUC